AUGCCUGGUGUAUGGGGUCUAAGCCUGGUGUUGGGCCUUGUGUUGUACAUCUCCAGCAUCAAUGAUGACGUCAUGAAUCGACCGGGCAAAGCCGAGCACUUCUUCCACUAUCGCUACGGAUGGUCGUUCGCGUUCGCCGUCUCCUCCUUCCUGCUCAAAGAGGGCGCGGGCGUGAUCUCAGUGUACUUGUUCAUGAGACGCUGCGCCGAGGAGGAGCCGUUCCGAGCGCACGCCGCCCUCUGCCCCCCCCCCCCCACAUUUCCAACGACAAAAGCCACUUUAUCCGCCCCCCCCCCCCUCGACCCAAGCAGCCCAAGCCCCUUGGAGCUGCCGCUGCCCAUCUCGAUCGUUGCCGAGUAA